UUAAACCCACAAACAGCUCUGAGCGCGGCUCCAUAUUGGAUCAGACUUCUGAGAAAUACAUUGCUCGGGCGGGCUACCUGCUCAUGUUAUCUAAUACACCGACAAGAACCUCAUGUACGUCUAGGCAUGAGGACUAACAGCAGGCAAAUACCACGGUCACGAGCAAACCUUCCCCAGGACUGCCUUUCUGAGCGGCGUCAUUGCCUCUGCGAACGCUGUUAUUAACGGGGCUUAGAAAUUAGGUUAACCACGCACCUGAGGAGCGGCUGGAAAAGUGGCAUGCAGAGUGAGCAAGAAACACUUGGACUGAGAUAACGUUGGCAUAAUGUUUACACUCACUGAGGUUGCAUCCCUGAACGACAUCCAGCCGACGUAUCGCAUCUUAAAGCCAUGGUGGGACGUCUUCAUGGACUAUCUGGGCCUGGUCAUGCUCAUGUUGGCCAUAUUUGCAAUGACCAUGCAAAUCACCAAGGACCAUGUCGCUUGCCUUCCUUGUCCUGAAGAAACGGAAGCUAAUCUGUACCAGACCCAAAAAGGAUCCUCUCCAACACCCGCCGGAGCCCCUGUUACACCUACAGUCCCUUCAGGUGCUACGGCGCAGUUCAACAAAGCCAUCACUGGUAUUCUCAUGACACAUCGGCCUGGAACAGCAGAACAGAAAACAGAUCCCCAACCUGAACCGAGAGGGGUUAAAACCAACCUGGACUUUCAACAAUAUGUCUUUAUCAACCAAAUGUGUUACCAUGAUGCCUUACCCUGGUCUUCCAAAUACUUUCCAUACCUUACACUUAUUCACACCCUUAUUCUCAUGGUCAGUAGCAAUUUCUGGUUUAAAUACCCCAAGACAAGUUCAAAGAUUGAGCAUUUUGUCUCCAUUCUGGGUCGGUGUUUUGAGUCGCCUUGGACAACGAAGGCUUUAUCUGAAACGGCGUGUGAGGACUCUGAGGAGAACAAACAGAGGUUGACGGGUAGUUCCUCAGGACCAAAGCAGGUGUCUUUAGAGGGGAAGGAUGAAAGUCCCGACACCAACCCAUCCACACCAAUGCUUGGGGUCAAAGUCUCUGCAGAUAAACCCAUUGCAGAGGUCCCAAGCAGCAUGACCAUCUUGGAUAAAAAGGACGGAGAGCAGGCCAAAGCCCUGUUUGAGAAGGUGCGAAAGUUCCGAGCCCACGUGGAAGACAGUGAUUUCAUUUACAGGCUCUAUGUCGCUCAAACCUCUGUCAAAACUGUUAAGUUUAUUUUGAUCCUGUCCUAUACUUCCACCUUGGUUAGAAUAGAAUUCAAGCAUUAUUGUGAACCAGACAUAGAACAGCUAACAGGCUAUAAAAAAUUCUACUGUACACACAACAUGGCUUUCAUGCUGCACAAGUUGCUCUUUACCUACAUAGUGUUGAUCAUAAUCUAUGGAAUGACAUGCCUAUACUCCCUUUUCUGGGUGUUCCGACGCCCUCUGAAAGAGUAUUCCUUUGAGAAGGUGAGGGAAGAGAGCAGCUUCAGUGACAUUCCGGAUGUCAAGAACGACUUUGCGUUUCUACUGCACAUGGUUGACCAGUACGAUCAGCUUUACUCCAAGCGCUUUGGCGUCUUCCUGUCGGAGGUCAGUGAAAACAAGUUGAGGGAGAUCAGCCUCAAUCAUGAGUGGACGUUUGAAAAACUAAAGCAGCAUGUCACGCGCAAUGCACACGACCAACAGGAGCUGCACCUCUUCAUGCUGUCCGGCCUGCCGAACGCUGUGUUUGACCUGACAGACCUGGAAGUGCUGAAGCUGGAGUUGAUUCCCGAGGUGAGAUUUUCCGCUAAGGUUUCCCAGAUGACCAGCAUGCAGGAGCUGCAUCUGUGCCACUGUCCGGCCAAAGUGGAGCAAACCGGUUUUGCCUUCCUACGGGAUCACCUGCGCCGCCUGCACGUCAAGUUCACGGACGUCGCCGAGAUCCCGCCUUGGGUCUACUUGCUGCGGAGUCUGAAAGAGCUGUACCUAAUGGGGAACUUGAACUCAGAAAACAACAAAAUGAUCGGCCUGGAGUCCAUGAGGGAUUUGAGGCAUCUGAAGACGCUAUGCCUGAAGAGCAAUCUCACGAAGAUGCCGACAAACAUCACAGAGCUCUCCCCGCAUCUCCUCCGACUGGUGGUGCACAACGAUGGGACGAAACUGCUGGUGCUGAACAGUCUGAAGAAAAUGACGAGCCUCAUCGAGCUAGAGCUGUACAACUGUGAACUGGAAAGGAUCCCUCAUGCCAUCUUUAGCCUGACCAACCUGCAGGAACUCGACUUGAAGUCCAACAACAUCAGAACUAUUGAAGAGAUCAUCAGCUUCCAGCAUCUCAGGAGGCUGACGUGCCUAAAGCUCUGGCACAACAAAAUCAUCACCAUCCCCGCAUCCAUCGGUCACGUCAAGUCCCUGGAAUCUCUCCACCUUUCUCACAAUAAACUGGAGUCCCUUCCUUCAGCCUUGUUUACUCUUCCCAAGCUGCGACACUUGGACGUGGCCCACAACUCCAUCACAGUGCUUCCACCUGACGUGGGCCUCCUCAACAACCUCCAGCAUCUGGCCAUUAACUCGAACAAGCUGGAAGCCCUGCCCAAACCUCUCUUCAGAUGCACCAAGCUGAAGGUGCUUUGUCUAGGCCACAACGCGCUCACCAGUCUGCCAGAGACCGUGGGUCAACUGGUGCAGCUCACGCAGCUGGAGCUUAGAGGGAACUGCCUCGACAGACUGCCCGUCCAGUUGGGAAGCUGCCGGCUGCUGCAGAAGAAUGGCCUCAUCGUGGAGGACCAUCUUUUUGACACCCUGCCGGUGGAAGUUAAAGAGAGCAUCAGCAGAGAAACAAAUGUUUCCUUUAGUGGCUUAUAAAACAAGAUUCAUCUGAAAGACACAACUACAUUUCUGGAAACGUUUCCAGAAACGGGGAAACAAUUGUGUAAUUCAUUUACUUGAUCAUUUCAGAGGAUAAAAUCGGAUGCUAACAUUAACAUUAGGGGUGCACCGAUAAAUCAGCCCCGAUUUCCUUAAUUUUGGGAGAUCGGUGAUUCUCCGACACUUGCAUGUGAAGUCGAUCUUAUCUACCUCGGCAAAGGUCUAGAAAUCAACCACUCUCCUCUUGAGAGGUUUGACCGACAGACCGGCCCACCAGGCAGUUAAUAGUCAGCUCUCUGUUGCCAACUCGAUGACUUUCUUGCUAUAUAUUUAGCAACAUAUGAGACACAUAAAUCGGUAUCGGCCAAGAUCGGCAUCAGCAAGUUAAGCUUUUUAAAGAUUGGUAAUCAUCGAUCAACCUGAAAACUGCAAUCGGUGCACCCCUGAUUAAUAUAGCUUCAGAGGCAUUUUUGUUGACUAGUAUAGUGACAGGCAAAAGUAUUCUUAAAGUUUUAAGAUCUUUUUUUUUUGUUGUUAAAUUCAUAUUAAGAUCUUAAGUGAGCAACCAACACAGAGUAAUGUAUGAGUAUUUAGUAAAAGAUAAAGGAGACUGAAUUUUUUGUACAUUUUUUGUAAACAUUUUCAAUUUACAUGACAAAUAGUCAAGGAGACCAUUUGUCUUCAUGAAUGGAUACCAAGUGUUAACUUUUUAUUAGGGAUGCACCAUAUAUUGGCAUUAACUGGGCCGAUAUCAGAUUAAAUACAGAGCAUGAACAUCAUUGUCAAGUCCUGACACAAUAUGCUUAAGGUCAUUGUUUUGCUGCCCCAAGGUCAAGUAUUUUCCAUCUCCAACAGAAUUUCCUCCAGAUUAAUUGCUAACAAUAAAACAAACUUGUGACUGA